CGCUUCCAUCUCGCCAGCUCCGAAGCUGCUGCGUAUGAGGACAUGUAGGGUUCCUUGGAUCGAUCGCCAUCCAAUUCCGCCACGUUGAGCGCAUUAGGCCUUGUUUCCAUCCGCGACCUGAUGCUCAUACCCUUUUGUUCUUAUUACACCUCUCACCAUGUCCACUUCACGCAACCCCCGCAUUGAUGGCAUCAUCAUCUCUCAGACGCCACGGCCAGCGUCAAAGCCAUCCACCUUUGAUCAGGAUUCGCCCGCGUCUACAGAAUUCGGUUUCCCCUUUGAUGGCAGUCCUCAUGGAAGCAGUAACAGUGGCAUUGACGCCCCUCCGGAUCUUCGUUCAACCCACAGUCACACUUUUCCAGCACGAGGAACCUUCCCAGAUUCAGUCCGCUACGCGUCAGGUCGAAUCCCCAGUCCCCAACAUCGUGGCAGCCUCGCCAGCAUCGAUUCUGCAUUUGACCAUGAUCUGUUUGGUGCCGCUGCCCUUAGUCAAUGGACUCCCGCCAACCCACUCCCGCCCGCCGCCCCCAGCAAUGCAGAAUCAUCGCCAAGAAGACGUCCCAGCGGAUCCGAGCCGGACAAGAAGCAACCUCCUGACGACCAAAAACUGCCAGCAUGGAGCGAACUAAAGACCAAGGCCGGUAAAGAACGAAAGCGACUUCCUCUGGCCUGUAUCGCCUGCCGCCGGAAGAAAAUCAGAUGUUCUGGCGAAAAGCCCGCCUGUAAGCAUUGUCUGCGCGCAAGAAUCCCAUGUGUCUACAAGGUCGCCGCGCGCAAAGCCGCCCCGCGUACAGACUACAUGGCCAUGCUUGACAAACGACUGAAAAGGAUGGAAGAUCGAGUCAUCCGUGUGAUCCCCAAGGACGAAGUGCCAGAUUUCUCCGCUACGGGUCGAGCUUCCGUCCGACCACCUCUCCCUGGACAGGUGCUCAAGAAGGACAAAGAGCAGCCGAAGAAGCGAUCUGCCGAAGAAGCCUUUACGCACGAAUUGCAAGAAUGGAAGGUCCCCAAGGAAAAGACCGGUGCACUCGAUCCCACGGUAGGCUUACGAAAACAGCGCGAGGGCGAAAACAAGCUCUUUAUCGAAGGCUCUGAGUCCCUUCCGCCGCAGCAUAUCCAGGAACAUCUCGCCGAGGUCUUCUUCGAUUGCAUCUACGGCCAGUCGUAUCUCCUGCUUCACAAGCCGAGUUUCAUGAGGAAAUUAAAGGCAGGGACCAUUCCACCCGUUCUCAUCCUGGCCGUUUGUGCCAUCUCGGCCCGUUUUUCUUCUCACCCUCAGGUCAGUACGGAGCCGGCUUUCUUGCGUGGAGAGCAGUGGGCCACCCCAGCUCGUCGCAUCGUCGAGAAGCGACAUUACGAACCGAACAUCACCAUUCUCACCGCCAUGUUAAUGUUGGGUCUGCAUUACUUUGGCACCUGCGAAGGCGGUCUUUCCUGGUCCUUUGGCGGCCAGGCCAUGCGAAUGGGUUAUGCAUUGCAAUUGCACCGCGAGCUCGAUCAUGAUCCAUUGGGUCGAAAUCAGCUUGCAAACAAUGAAGGCAAAAAGGGCCCCAAACCGCCCCAGCUAUCCUUUACCGACCGAGAGAUCCGCCGAAGAACCAUGUGGGCAUGCUACCUGAUGGACACGUUCAAUUCCUCUGGGACUGAACGGCCCUCCUUUCUCAACGAAGAUUAUUACCAAAUUCAGCUCCCGAUCAAAGAAUCGCAUUUCCAGAUGGAAGUCCCCGGUCCCACCGAAGAUCUCCAUGGCAAUAUUCGAACCGAUAACAAGAAAUCUCUCGAUGCUGCCAGCAGUAAUGAUGCCUUGGCGGCAGAGGCCAAAGCCAACAUGGGCGUGGCAGCUUAUAUUGUCCGGGGAGUGGUCCUCUGGAAACGAAUCGUCAAAUACCUGAAUCUCGGCGGCAAAGAAAAAGAUCCUCACCCCAUCUGGGAUCCGUUAUCACAAUUCGCUACUCUCCAGCGGCAGAUUCAACAGCUCAAAACCUCUCUCCCCGACUACAUGACCUAUACGCCGGAAAACCUUGCCACACACAGCUCGGAACGCCUGGCCAACCAAUUUCUCUUCCUUCACAUUGUCCUUGCGCAGACCUCGCUCUUCCUCCACCGUUUUGCCAUCCCGACCACACCGUCCACUCGCCCGCAUCAUACCGCCUACACCGCAGCCGGCAUGCCCAAGACAUUCCUCUCCAGCUCGGCCACAACGGUUCUCGAAUCCGCCGCGCUCAUUUCCAAAUUGAUUGCCGACUCCACGGGGUUGACGCUUACAGUGCCAUUUGCAGGCUACUGCGCAUAUGCGGCGGCGACAGUGCACGUUUGGGGAAUCUUUAGCAAGUCGGCAAGUCUGGAAGCCGCCAGCAAGGACAAUCUGCGGCACAACUACAAAUACCUGACACGGAUGAAACGGUACUGGGGUAUGUUUCACUACAUGGCCGAGAGUGUCAAGGACCUGUACCGCGCAUUCGCCGACGCGGCUGCCCGGUCGCAGCAACACUUGGCGGCGCGGGCCAUGGCCGGCAACGCGCGACGUCCGGAGGUGAUGCGCACGGCGUCAUCGUCGCAAUCACACUCGGCUACCCCGAUGCUGAUGGACCUGGACGAGGCGGGCGGCAAGGGCGGAGCGGCCACGACCAGGUCUACAACGGAUCCGGACAGCCGAGCCGUGACACCUGGCGGAACUCCUAUUCCGGGCGGUGGUAACGGGGAAAGCGGGUCGUCGUCCAAGGCCAUGUUCCAGUACGGCGACUGGUUCGACAAGUACCCGCACGGCGUCAGUGAAAGUGAAUGGGAGAAGUCGCACCUUGAAUAUCGGGGGGAUGCCGGGACGUCGGACGCGGUCAUGUCGCAACGAAGUGACUUGCAGAGUGUGGAAGAGUUUUUUGCGACUUUAAGCCCGCCCAGCAAGGCUGACGACGGUUCUGGAGGGCCACGAGGCAAAAAAUUCGCCCGGCGGAGGGGCAAGAGCGUGGCAGAAACUCCUGGCAAGAAGGCAAAGGAUGCUAAGGGCGAUGUUGGCACGGCGGCGGCGGCAGCAGCAGCAGCAGCAACGAAAGAUGGGAGCAAAGAGGGAGCACCCAUGAAUAACUCUGGGUCUGGUGGUGCUACCGCUACCGCUACCGCUACCGCUGCCGCCGUGACUCCGUUGAGUCCAAACGCCGUGGCUGGGACGACGCCCCAUCAACUUUCCCAGUCGUCUCAAGGUGGACAUCAAGUUCAUCGACUCUCGAACGCCGCAUCUCAGGACAUCAACCUUGCGCACCCAUUCAACCCCAGCGACUUUGAUAUCACGUCACCCAGUCUCUACGCAACCACGCAAUAUGGAGGACCUCAACAGUCACAGCCAGGUAAUGAUCCAUUUGGCUACAGUUCACCCACCAACCAGGGGUUUAAUAAUUUUGCCUUCGCUUCGGCGCUACCUCAAAUGGACCGACAAAUGGUCUUUGGCGCCUAUGCCGGCGUAGACCCUGCCAGCGCCGCCGGGCAGGGUCUGUCCCUCAAUGCCAAUUCCCCCAUGAACAACUUUACGACCAACACCCCCUGGGACGCCAUUGAUUGGACCGGCUUUGGAGGAUAUGGGGACAUGAAUGGGGGCUCGGUGGAUAUGAGUUCGUCGGCAUGGUUACUGCCGUUCAACAUUGAGCCUCCGAGCUAUAGUGAGAUGGGUGAAUAUGGCGGGACGGCGCUGGAUGGCAUGGACCUGAGUGAUCUUGGGGCCGGAGGAGGACCCGAGAGCGACAUGGGCGGAGGAUUCGACACAGGCUCGACCGGGCGAUGAAGCACAUAUUGUUUUGUAUAUGAACCUUGAAAUCUGUAGGAUGCCGGAUAUUUUUGCAUGUAGGAGGAUAUUCGCCUGAAAUAGCAAAACAAAAUAUUCGAGCAUCAA